CAGUUUUCUGAAUUAAAUUUGAUUGUGUUGUUGAACGAGAAGGUGGUGCGCUUGUGAGGAAAGAAAAAAAACAUAAAACUUAAAGAGCAAAAAGAACUUGCACAAGAAGAAAUUAAUAAUUAAUACAAAUUAUCCCUUUAUCAAAUUUAAUUAAAAAAUAAUAUAAAAUGGCUGAUACUGAAGUUAAGAGGAAAGGACGACCAAAGAAGAGGGAAUCCGAAGCUGAAGCACCAGCAAAAUCCCCACCAAAAAAGGCUGCUAUAAGCAAUGGUGAUGAUGCGGCAGUUCCUGCUAAACGAGGUCGGGGGCGUCCACCCAAGGCUGUUACAAAAGCAUCAAAAAAACCCCCGCCAGUACCUGGUAGAGGGCGUGGUCGUCCGCCAAGCAAACCUGCAGCAGCUGCAAGCAAAAAGAAAGAAACCUCAGAUGAAGAGGAGGACGAGGAAGAAGAGGAGAAGAAGGAGUCUUCUGAGGCCGAAGCCGAAGAUUCAUCUUAAACAUUUUUUUUUUUAAAUUAACACAAAAACAAAUUUAAACUAAACAAACCAACAUCCAGCACUACAACAUACCACAACACUAAAACAUAAAAAUAAUAAAUUAAACAUUUAAAAAAGAAAAAAACAGAAUUAUUUUCAAAUUUACAUUUUUGUUUGCUUCUUUUUCAUUUUUUUUUUUUAUUAUUUUGUAAUUUUGUAUUAUUUUAUUUUUAAUUUACUUGCUUUCGGAAGUGUACAUGAAUGUUUAUUUUUUGUUUUCUUUUAAUUUUAUCUUUUUAAGUGUCGCAUCAAUUUUUGUAUUGAAACGUGGAAUUUCUUUUUUUUGCUAAAAUAUAAUAAAAAAAAAAUAAAACAUAAUGUUAAAUUAAUGUUAGAUAAAAUGAAGUAAAAAAAGAAAUAUUAUGUAAGCGUCGUAUACAUUAUCGUGUAAACAACUUGAUUACAAAUAAUAAAGUUUGAUUUACUUUCAAUGUAAA